AUGGACAGAUCGAACGACCCGGUUGUAAUACCAGCCCUGGGCCGCCCAUUCCAGCUGGGGAUGCUGUACGACUGUCGUAACGAUGCCCUCAUCCCAGGUAGAGCUGGAAUCACCCUUUGGGACCAGGACUCGCUACAGAAUAACCUGGGUAGCGAACCACAGCCCAAGACUGAAUAUGAAAUCAUUGCUUCCGACUCCAUCGAUGUUAAGGCCUCUGCCCUCAACGUCUCAGCAUCGCUCAAGGCCAGCUUUUUGGGGGGAUUGGUUAAAGUGGAAGGGUCAGCCAAGUACCUUCAAGACACCAAGCAGUCCAAGCAACAGGCCAGAGUCACUCUGCAGUACAAAGCUACCACCAAGUAUUCACAGCUGACCAUGAGCCAUUUGGGAAACAAAAAUGUCUCUUACCCAGAAGUUUUUGAGCAUGGCACAGCCACCCAUGUUGUCACUGCCAUCUCGUAUGGAGCCCAGGCUUUCUUUGUGUUUGACCGAAAUGUCUCUUCUUCCGAGUCUGUGAAAGACAUACAAGGAAGUCUCAAAGUUAUGAUAAAGAAGAUGGUCACUAAUGAAGGCGAGGCAGCUAUCCAAAUGAACAACCAGGAACGAAACCGUGCAAAUCAGUUCAACUGCAAGUUCUAUGGAGAUUUUUCUCUGGAGAGCAAUCCGGUGACUUUUGAAGAUGCCAUGAAGGUCUACACUGCUCUGCCCAAAAUGCUGGGUACCAAUGGGGAGAAGGCUGUGCCUGUGAAAGUUUGGCUGUACCCACUGACCAAGCUAGAUUCCAGAGCAGCUAAGAUGGUGCGUGAGAUCAGCUUAACACUGAUCUUUGAUGCUCAAACUGUCUUGGAGAAACUGAAUGAAAUCAACAUGCGAUGCAAUGAUCUGACUAUGAAUCCUGCUGUUGAAAACUUCCCAGAAUUAAAGUUGAAAAUCAAGAGAUUCAAGGAUCUGUGCAAGCAGCACAGGCAGACUUUCCAGAAACGACUGACAGGAAUCUUGCCUUUGAUCCGGGGAGGGGGGGAAGAGGAAAGAGUUCUGGUGGACAUCUUAACAUCCAUAAAUCAAUCACCCUUCAAUAGCCAAAGUCUCAAUAAAUUUUUGGACACCAAGGAACAAGAGAUAAACAUGGUCAAGUCUUACCUUGAUAUCCUGAGUGGGAUAGAAACCAUCUCCUCGCAGAAUAAACUGGAAGAGGUAGUGCUUAACCACCAGAAUGAAUUUGUGGUCUCAUUUACAUUCACCUCUUUACACAAUGAGGAACCAUUUUUAACCAGCUUACAACGCUUUCUUAAGAAACGACCGGCAGAUCCUACAGGAGUCGAAAAUGCACCAGAGGAGCAGAAUGCUUGGUUUGAGCAAAAAGACAGACAGAGAAAUGCUCGGAAAGCUGCCAAGUCCAUUGUUAAUUUUGCCCAAGUCAAUAAAUCAAAUGGGAAGACCCGGUUCCUUGUGGCUUCUGUCUCAAAUCGGGACAACCCAGGAGCUUUCAUUUACCUUUACAAAGAUGGGGAGCUGAUCAGCAGCAACUUCGAGCUGCCCUCAAAACCUCUCCCUCCCCUGGUUGGCCGAAUUGGACAUGAGAGUGUGCAGCUGACAUUUCAACCAGCUGAGUAUGGGAGGGCUUCAAUCUCUAGCUAUCAAGUAGAGUACAAGAUUGCAGGAGAAGAAAAAUGGAAGAUUGUGAAUACAGACAACAGUCAGGAGACAUUCCAAGUGAGAGGGUUGAGGCCAGACUCAGAAUACCAGUUUCGAUACACCGCUAGGAGCAAACCAGGACUUAGUGAGACUAGUGAUGCGAGUGGAUCUGUAAAGACACUUCCUACCAGCCCUCCUGGGACACCGAAAAAGAGAACAGCAGAGUCUUCCAAAAUCAGUAUUGUCUGGGAGAGCCCAAAGGUCAUUGGAGCUGAUAUCAAGGAGUACAAAGUGGAGUACAAAGUGGUGUACAGUGAAGAGGCUGGAGAGGCAAAAAGCAAGGACAAAGAUGAAUGGGCUGAAAAAAGAACAGGGAAGAAAACAGAGUUCUGUGAGAUUGAUGGUCUGAAGCCCCGGACACUCUACGGAGUCAGAGUCUCAGCCAUGUGUUCCGGUGGGGCUGAGAGUGAGCCCAGCAAAAAGAUUGUGGUUUUCACAUUAGUGGGAGGAGAUGAGAAGAGAGCAGCUUGUAAAUACCUCCAAGACAGCAUCCGGGUGGAGGAUGGGCCACCAGCAGUGUAUGUUCUGCCACUGGAGCGCAUAUCGGAUGUCUCUGGAUCCUGUCCAACAUACCAGCUAGGGAAAGAGAACAUACAGGCCCCCAACAAAGUGAUUAUGGUGAUGGGGGCAACAGUGUCAGGGAAAACCACUCUCAUCAAUGGGAUGAUCAAUUAUGUCCUAGGUGUGAAAUGGAGAGAUGAUUUCCGAUUCAAACUUAUUCAUGAAAAUACCAACAGAAGCCAAGCUCAAAGCCAAACAUCAGAAGUGACCGCUUACGUCGUCCACUACCAAAAGGGUUUCCAAGUCCCCUUUUCCCUCACCAUUAUUGACACUCCAGGAUUUGGAGACACAAAAGGAAUAGAGCAUGACAAGUUGAUAAAGCAGAUCCGGGAGUUUUUCUCCUCCCCAGGGGGCACUGAUCAUAUAGAUGCCAUCUGUAUUGUCGUCCAGGCCUCUUUUGCUCGUUUAACUCAUGCCCAGAAAUACGUCUUUGACUCUGUGCUCUCCAUCUUUGGCAAAGAUAUAAAGGACAACAUCCAAGUCCUGAUCACAUUUGCAGAUGGACAGACCCCUCCUGUUCUCGAGGCCAUUAAGGAAGCCAAUGUACCAUGUGCUAAGGAUGCCAAGGGCACCCCUCUGCACUUCAAAUUCAACAAUUCAGCACUGUUUGCCAACAAUCCCGUGCAGCCUGGAGGCAACUUCAAUGAAAUGUUUUGGAAAAUGGGCACCAUGAGCAUGAAGACCUUCUUUGAUUUAUCCCACACGCUAGAAACAAAGAGCUUAACAUGGAUGAAGGAACUGCCCAGGGAGGGAAAAGACCUUGAAGCUACAGCUCUUCGCUGUCUUUCAAAAGCCUCAGGAAAUCGAGAACUGAGGAUCGCCCUUGUGGGCAAGACUAGAGGCGGCAAAAGCGCCAGGAACACCAUCCUUGGCCAGAAGCUCUUUGAUUCAAAACUUCAGGCCAGGACAACCACCUUGGCCUGCCAAAGGGCGUCUUGCUCUUGGAGAGGCUAUGCCGUGUCCGUGGUUGACACAGCGGAUAUUUUGGGCACAGGAGCUUGCGAUGAAAGGCUGGACCAGGAGACCAAGCGUUGCCUCGACCUCUCUCAGCCUGGCCCUCAUGCGCUCGUGUUUGUGACCCAAGUGGGCCGCUUCACCGCGGAGGACAAGGAGGCAGCCCAGCGAGUCUGGGACAUGUUUGGGAUGGAGGCCAUGAAGCACACCAUCCUCUUGUUCACCUGCAAAGAAGCCUUAGAAGGCAACUCCUUGCGGGAUUACGUGAUGCAGUCAGAGAAUGAGGCUCUCCGAAAGCUGGUCCAAGAAUUGGGGGGGGGGCGCUUCUGCGCUUUUAAUAACAGGGCAGCAAUAGAACAAAAGGACCAGGUCUCUGAGCUGAUGGAGAUGGUCCUGGAGAUGGUCCAGGGGAAUGCAAGGCCCUACCUAGAGACCCCCAUCAUGGAGGCAGCGCUUGGAUAUUACAUGGCAGGAGGCAGGAAAAGGGCCAAGGGAGAGGGGGAAGGGAAAGCUCGCAAGGGUUUCACGCAGACCAUGAAAAUUGGGGAAGUUGUUAUAAACUUGUUUAAAUAA